AUGACUCUGUUGGCUAAAGUACCAACAAACCCCAAGCGUGGCCACCGGCUAGGGACCCUUCUGGCCACGUGGAACAAGAUCAAGGCGGCCACAAUUGAUAGUGGCGAUGGAAGUCAUGCUGAAGAGGUAAUAGACGACGGCGAGGCUCGAACCGAAAAGCAUUCUACUCUGGAGGUGGGCAAUGGAUCAGCAAAAGAUGCUCUCGAGAAUGGCCUGUCUGACACCAAGAAAGCUGGCGUAAAACCUGAAUUUGUGGAGAUCGGACCUCGAGGUGAGGUUUAUAUCUACUACCAGGACCUCUUAGUCUUGGAACUUUGGGAUUGGAACUCUUCUCAAAGGGAUACUCUCACCUUCAUACGAAGCGUGCAAUUUCAAGAACCGGGAAUAACUGCGUUCAAGGUGGGUGAGAUACAUGGGACUUCGGCAAUGGUGACAACGUCAAACGAUAGCCUUAAGUUACACACUAGUGACCGAACUUCCAGCUCUGUCAAGCUCCCAAAGUUCUUCGCGAGUCCCUUCACCAUCAAAAUCUCCAAAUCGGUGAUCUGCGUGGCCUCUGCAGAUGGCUAUGUUGCAUUGUAUUCCGUGGAGAAACCUCGCCUCGAAUUGAUCCCGUUCCGGUUGCGCAGUCUCUUCCAAACUAUCACUAGACCACUUGGUGACAACAAUUGCCUCCGACUUGAUGAGGACGCGGUGAUAUUGAAAACCUCUACCACAGAUAAGAUGCCCGUCUUCGAUUUACAAGGCUCUUGGCUCGCUUAUUGCCCAACAAAGCACGAGAUGGAUCACCAGAAACACCUUCUUCACUCCGAUAGUGCCACUCUCAAGAAGAAAUCAUCAAAUCGCAAGUGCCUGUUCACGGACGUAAAGCUACCGCCUCAGGGUCCACUACUUAUGCGCGUGGUAUCCUCCAUAUCUGGCUCGGCUUUGGAUAAGCUUUAUGCGCUUUCUGAAUCAGGCACUAAGACCUUCCGUGAGUACUGGCUGAAACCAAAAUCUGAGAAGCAAAAUAUCAUUGACAAAGAUGUCUCCUUGCACUCCAUCAGCUCAAACAUCAGCCAGGCGCUUUACUCUACCGCUAGUAAGAUAAAAAAACUGGCCCUUGAUUCAGGUGAUCAUAGAUACAUUCGUAUUAUCAAUCUCGACAACGGCCAGGUGAUAGCAACAUUCAAGCCUCCUGCUGGCGUUUCACAACUCUCGCUUAGUCCAUACGAUCUUCAGCUUGUUCAUGCUAGCUUCAAGGGUGAUAGCUUUUAUCUUUGGGACCUAUACAAGUUGCCGAACGAGGCAUCACUUGUUGGCAAAUUUACUCGAGGCAACACAAGUGCCACGGUGAAGGAGAUUAUGUGGUUCGUCAAUACCGAUGAUCAAAGUUCGCCCGCAGGCACGAACUCUGGAUUCGGCUGUAUAUCCAAGAAAAAGGGCUCACUCCAUUGGUAUAACAUCAAUUACUUGUCAUGCGGUAACGAAGCUGAUAAUUAUCCAAAUAGGUUAGGAGGAAGAUCGAACAAAAAUAAGUUAGGUAAUGGUCAAUUCCUAGACUCAUGGGUAUUGCCCUCCAUUGGUGCUGCUAAAUUCAUGAAAUUGCCCAGAGCGGCUAAUGUCCCAACCUCCUCUGCUGAAGAUAAGUUGUCUGCAAACUGGCUUUACAAGUCAAAUCAGUUAGCAUUUUUAGAUAAUCGUGGAAUCAUCAGGCUUGUGUCGCCGCUAAAUGGCAAGCAUACCUUCAAGUACGUUCUUCCCAAAGAAAGUACUACAGCAGACAGAUCCAGCUCCUUCUCAAGUUUCCUUUCUCCAUCAAGACUGCGCUUGAUGCCGACGAAUGAAAAAGAUUACGAUACUCCAUUGGCACAGACAGAAAUUGAAACGUGCAACAAGUACUUGAGUGUAAUAAACGACAAACGUUUUGAGCUUUCGACAUUUGACAUUGAAGAUGAGGAGGACGUUUUCGACUACUUAAGAGAAAUUGAGCCGCAAAUUCCCUCCAAGACAGUUGAUUUCGGAGGUGUCACCACAAACCCACUGCAGUACGAGGAAACCGAGAAAAACUUGAUUCCAGAUCUUGAUACGGGCUUGUUAAUCGACCCCGAAACUUCUGCCGAGGAGACAUAA